GAAUUCCAAAUGCUGUGUCUUCGUUUACCGCACACCUUUGAAAUUAAUCGGAUCCUAGUUGCCGCUGCGUGGUGGAUGGUUCGUCAGAUUGCUUCUCCAUGGACAAGAGUGGAUCAAACUGAAAGAUUCAAGAAGGUGAAUAGGAUUGCUGAUUAUCUUAGUGUGACAUCAAACGCCGGACACGGAAUCGCUUUUGUUGUUGCUAGUCAAUGCUUCAAUCGACCAUUGAGUUUGAUGCUCAAGGCACACUUUACUGCGAUAGAAUGUCUCGAUUUCUUUCAGCCUUCUAAGAAUCCUUGUUUGCUGGACGAAGCUCUCCAUUUCUGCGAAUUCGUUAGUCAGUAUCGAAGGGUAUCAAUGGCGGCAAUGGAAGAGAGUCCAUUGUAUUGCGAUAAAGGCUGGGAAAAUUCUUUUGCUCAUUCUCAGAAAUCGAUUGAUGGAGAAACAGAUGAUAAGGAACACAAUAAUUUCAAGAAAAUCAGCACUUUCCCACUGAGGCAGAAUAUAUCGUAUGCUGAUGAUAUACCAACAUUUUCCCGACUUGACUCCUGGUUCCAACUCCUCGUCGUCCAAACCGCUAUUCUGGCUUUCGGUAUGCCGCCUUUAAGCGAUGAAAUUCCAGUUAGACCUGUUCAACUUCUUCCUGAUUCGUGGAAUGGAAGCUUCCCAUUUAAACCCCCUCCAUGGACCCAAACCACGUCUGGAUCAACUUCCUAUCGUUCUCUUCAUCGUCGCGGAUUCAUUCGCUGGUUCAUUUAUUCAGCGGCCACUUAUUCAGACGGUCGCCCCACUACUCGAGUACGACUGUUCAACGCAGCCAAGGCAUUGGCCAAUGCGUGGGGUCUGCCUUCAGGAUUUGUACGCAGUCUCACUGUUCUCGCUCUCUACGCCGCCUGGGAAGAUGGAGAUGCGGAGUCGGAAGUUGUCGCUUUUGCUGAUGCCUCUAUCGCCAGUGACCUUUUCUACCUCCUACUUGGGAGAAUUCGGCUUUUAGAUGGAAAGAUGGGUGGGAAAUUAGAUGAGGCUACACCGAGUAUCAUUGGAGGGGUGCCUGAAAAGGAGGCACCGUCUCUGGAAGACCAGGUAAUACGCGCUCGAAGACUUGUGGAGCUCUUGAAGGAUCGCCUAGUCGGAAAGUCUAACCAACGAGUUUUGACUGAAGAAAUUGGAGCACUACUUGAUUGUGUGGAUUGA